UCUAGAAAAAAAUCUGAAGUGUCAAGGCGCUUGGCUGUAGCAAAACAGUGGUGGAUGGAAGAGCAAGUCAACUAACGUUACUAUUUCGAGUGGACUCAAAUGGUCAUCAAUGGCAAGGCCUCAUGUGUGCUGCUGUUUUGCGCAUAACACAUGAGGGGCGUCGGUAUAACUACAGUAAUUGCUACCCUGUGAUGUACACAGUGUUGUACAAAACUAUCUGACUGGUUUAGCUUGCUAGAUGUUGAACAUAUACCUUAAUGUUGCUUGUUCUGUUAUUGACUAGCUAGCAGGUCUUUUCGACAAAUCACAGAAUGUUUGUUUGUGCAGUGUAGACCGAUACAUUAUGUGUCAUGUGAAUCAAGAGUUGUUAGAUAGAUCUGGAGCGAUUCAUUCGUUCUGGAGACAUAUGUAGCAUGCUAACUGUCGACGACUAACGUUAGUCACGUUAUCUACUAACAAGACACGCGAUCAGGAAGUUAGGUAUUGCAAAUAAGAAAAAUGUGCAGGUUUUGAAAAUGCUGUUUGCUCCAAGCAUUUGAUCAGUCGCACUAUAUAAACUUUCUCGUCUUCACUCCUUGUUUGGUUGAAGUAGUAUGUAGCAUUUGAAUUGGAGAGCCACAGUCGUACUAUUCGGUCACGUCUUCUUAUCAGUUCUUGCGUUGUUGUUUCCGUGAAGGCUUGCUGUAGCUUGAAGCUAGCAGGUUAAUUUGUUCGACUGACUCGAAACCCCUGCAUAAUUAACGUCAGGGUAAAUCGAUUUCUAUCAGUUGGGAUAGAUCUCGUUAGGACCAAUCAUUCAGUAUCUAAAGUGGAGGAUCAAAACGAUGUGGCUCCAACAGAGACUGAAAGGAAUGCCCGGCCUGCUGUCAAGCAGCUGGGCACGGCGGGUCCUCAUCGGCCUGCUGCUGUUCCUCAUCUUCUACUGGUACCUGACCUCAGAUGGCGUCCUGAGGUUUCUGCACAUGUCCAGAGACUCAGGCGGGGCAGCGGGGGCCUGUUUGCAGACAGACAUCAACAGGUGGAAGGGGUUUGUUGAGCGUGGGGAGGGUGUGAUGCGGAGCCAAGACAGUGAGGAUGUGGCCCCGUUUGUGGUUGGGAAUGGACAUUUCCUGGUGGACGUCGAGACCAACAGACUGUGGGUGUCCCCUUCUACCCAGCCUGGGUCAGGCCCUGUGCACCAGACAGACUUUGCUCCGAAUGUCCGACUGCAGCUGGCGGGUAAGAGACAGGAGGCGCGAGCCCUGAUGCUCUGGUUCCGAAAGGGGUCCGUUCUCUCGGUGCGCUGCAUCCAGCCGGGCCAGUCACAGUCCUCGUCCCGGGAGUGUGUGACCGUGCGCGAAGAGUACACUGCCCACCGGAGCCGGCCCAACGUCUACCUGCAGCGCAUCCACAUCAACAACCCCACCGACAGGGCCCUCAGCCUGGAGGUGAGCGCCGACUCCCCAGGGUUCCGGAGUGGCCCGGAGGAGGACCGGGAGUUCCAGCUGUUCUCGGGCCGCGUGCCCACGGAGAAGAGCGGCGCCGUGGUGAUGAUGGUGGUGGCCAUGAAGAAGCUGGGCAGCCACCUGCAGGUGGGCGCCAAGUCGGACUACACGGAGAACGCGGUGUCGGUGGUGCACACGUCCGAGCCCGUGGAGCCGGCCAAGGCAGACGAGGUGCUGGCCAAGCUGAAGGAGGCGGCCCGCAAGGAGAUGCUGGAGACCCUGGAGGCGGUGAGGGCCAGCGUGGACCGUCUGCUGGAGGACCACCAGCAGGCCUGGAUGGACCUCUUCAUAUCCGGGGUGGAGAUGAGGAAGAUCACGGACGCGCACACACCGUCCAGCCACACGGUCAACACCACGCUCUACUACAUCCUGUCCACGUCCACAGCGCCCCUGCUGGACCGGAAGGUGAGCGCGGAGGAGCGCGAGAGCCUGGAGACCAACCUGAACUACGCCGACCACUGCUUCAGCGGCCACGCCACCAUGCACGCCGAGAACCUGUGGCCCGGACGCGUGUCCAGCGUGGCCCAGAUCCUGCAGCUGCUGACCCUCUGGAACCUGACGCUGCAGAAGCGCGGCUGCAAGGUGCUGGUGUCGGCCGGCGUGCACGGCAUGAUCCAGGGCAUGGCGCUGAGCUUCGGCGGCCUGCAGUUCACCGAGAACCACCUGCAGUUCCAGGCCGACCCCGAGGUGCUGCACAACAGCUACGCGCUGCGCGGGAUCCACUACCACAAGGACCUCAUCAACCUGGCCGUGCUGCUGGACGCCGAGGGCAAGCCCUUCCUGCACCUGUCGGUCAAGCCGCAGGAGCGGACGGUCAAGCUGUACGCCUGCGAGGCCGGCUGCAUGAACGAGCCCGUGGAGCUGACGUCGGAGCCCAAGGGCCACACCUUCCCGGUGCUGGUGACGCAGCCCAUCACGGCGCUGCUGUACAUCUCCACCGACCUGACGCACCUGCAGGACCUGCGGCACACGCUGCACGUCAAGACCAUCAUGGCGCACGAGGACCACAUGGCCAAGCAGUACCCGGGCCUGCCCUUCCUCUUCUGGUUCAGCGUGGCCUCCCUCAUCACGCUCUUCCACCUCUUCCUCUUCAAGCUCAUCUACAACGAGUACUGUGGCCCCGGGGCCAAGCCCCUCUUCAGGAGUAAGGUGGUUAAGAUAACAGCACAAGACACAGCCCCAUGAGAGGCAUCACAAACAGGAUGGAUUUAUUCCAUGAACCGUCUAUGCUACCAGUAGAGGCCACUGUUGUUCACAUGUGGUUCCACGUCCCUCCCAGAAGCAAUGAAGACAGGUGUCCUAAUAACCGGAAAUGAAGUCUUAAAGAAGGCCAAAUUAACAUUGCCCUCAUCCUUUUUUCUUUCUUUCUUUUUUUUUUUUU